ACAUUUUAGCUAUAAUUAAAUCCACAUCAAAGCAAAUCAGAUCACACAAUUUGUGCUGUACCUUGGAUUAUUUAUGUUUCCAUUGGAUUAUAGAUUUUAUACCGUAGUAAGAAUUUACUACUGUGGUGUUUGCUGCCACCUACAUGUAACGAGCGGCAGUAAACGGGUUACCCAGAUCGAUUUAUUUAAAUGCACUAAAAAAAUGCACUAAAAAAAACCCAUCAAAUAGUGUGAAUGAAAAACACAACAAAACAAAACAAAAACGUGAGAAUAUUGGAGUUUAGUGUUACAUCGUUGCCGCUGAGCAAGAAGCAGGGUUCCCACGUGACUCGUGGAGUGAGGCCCUGCUGUUUGUUCAGCCAGAGAGGCAGAGAAGAAAGAUGGCGGCCCUACGCGAACCUGGACGGGACGCCGGGCUAACGUUUUGAGCUUUCACUUCCGAAGGGACACGGGGGGCUUCGAGGUGUUGCGCCGUUUUUUGGGGGGGUGGUGGGGGGGCGUCCACGCUUGCUCGCCUCUGAGGGUGCGCCGUUUUCGCUCGCAUUUGCCAUUUGCACGCCAAACCGUGGGCUUCUAAAAUAAUAGAUUUCGCCUAUCAUGAGAGGGAAAAGGGGCAGGCCGCCCAAACCGCUACAACCCGAGGAGGCAUCCCCGGCUACAACCCGGGGCUUGCGACCCAGGAGGAACCUGAAGCCCAGGUUCAGAGACAGCGGCGACGAGGACGCCGACAGCCCGACGAGGGAGCCCCCCAAAUCGGCCAGAAAGAGGAGAGCGACGUCAACACGGGGCAGGGGACGAGGCAGAGGUGGCGGCGCUGGAAGAGGAGGCAGAGGUGGCCGCGGCGGAAGGCGGACGGCGGUGCCCAAGACGGUGGUGUACGACGACCACGAGAGCGACGAGGAGGACGACGCCGUGAGCUUACGGUCGGAGGAGGACGAGUUCGUGGAGGAGGAACCCCAGUCCGAGGAGGACGAGGCCCUCCGGGAGGAUUCCGACUGCCUGGAAGAAGAUGCGCUGGACGAGGAGGAGGAUGUUGCCAGCUUCUGCACCGAGAGCAGCUUUCGGAGUCAGAGCACUCACGCCAGCACCCCGGGAAAGAAGAAGCGGGCUCCCCGUCCUCGCACUCCUAUCCUCGAGGACAAGGAGAUCCCUGCCCUGGAGCUCCCGGAGACCUCGGAGGAUCUCCUGGUGCCCGGCGAGGAGCUGCUCGACGUCGCCUCCAUCUACGAGGUGCUGCGCAACUUCAGCGCCGUGCUGCGGCUCUCGCCCUUCCGCUUCGAGGACUUCUGCGCCGCGCUGGCCGGCCAGGAGCAGUGCACGCUGAUCGCCGAGACCCACAUCUCCCUGCUGAGGGCCAUCCUGCGCGAGGAGGACUCCUCCAACACUACGUUCGGCCCCGCCGACCUGAAGGACAGCGUCAACUCCACGCUGUACUUCAUCGACGGCAUGACGUGGCCCGAGGUCCUGCGGGCCUACUGCGAAAGCGACCGGGAGUUCCACCACGUCGUGCCGUGCCUGGAGACGGACGAGUACCCCUGCGGCUCUCUGGAGAGCAAGAUCAAGGUGCUGCGCUUCCUGGUGGACCAGUUCCUGACCACCAACAUCGCCCGGGAGGAGCUGAUGUCCGACGGCAGCAUGCACUACGACGACCACUGCCGCGUCUGCCACCGCCUGGGCGACCUGUUGUGCUGCGAGACGUGUUCGGCCGUCUACCACCUGGAGUGCGUGAAACCCCCGCUGGAGGAGGUUCCCGAGGACGAGUGGCAGUGCGAGGUCUGCGUGGCGCACAAGGUGCCGGGAGUCACAGACUGCGUGACCGAGGCCCAGAAAACCAGGCCCUACAUCCGCCAGGAGCCCAUCGGAUACGACCGCCACCAGAGGAAAUACUGGUUCCUAAAUCGAAGGAUUAUUGUUGAAGAAGACGGGGAGUGCGAGAAGAGAAGGAUCUGGUACUACAGCAGCAAGGCCCAGCUGGAGGAGCUGCUGGAGGGCCUGGAUAAGGAGUACUGGGAGACGGACCUUCACGCCACCCUGGAGGAGAUGAAGGAGGAGAUGCACGCUCACAUGGACGUCACGGAAGACCUGACCAACCGAGCCCGGGGGAGCAGCAGGGCCUACCUCGCUGCCGUCAACGAGGUGUCCGUGGAGCGUUUGAAGAUCCGCCGAGAGCUUCAGGAAGCCAAGAAACGAGCAGCCGAGACUAAGAAGGAGGCAGAGGGGGGCUCUGUAAACACAGCUGGGGACGAUGCUGAGCCCUCUGCACAAAACACCAAAGCAGGGGAUGCUGAGCCCACAGCAGACACCAGCUCACAAGCAGCUAGCGCUCAGCCUCCUUCAGAGGAGAGAUGCGUGUCAGAUAAAUCCGCCUGCGCCUCCCAGGAUGCAGCUGCGCCUCAGACUCAAGCUCUAGAGUCUAACAAUGAAACACAAGCCACUCAUUCUGGGAACCAGGAGAAGGGGGACUCCCCUCAGCUGGCAAAGCAGGGACAGACAGACGAACGGCAGAAGUCAGAGUCUACAUGGGAAGAUGCACAAGGCGAUAAGUCAUUGCCACCAGCCCAAAACGAAUCGCAGGAGCAGUCGGGUCAGCCACACGCGGCGGGCGACGGGCAGCAAGUUUCCGCGUCGGCGGAUGCGAAGAAGGUGGAGCCAGCUGACCCGGCCGACCGGUGCUCCCAGUCCUCCUCCACCAGCCAGGAUGGGGCCGAGGACUGUAAUGAAAGGAUCAAGAAGGACGGCGGAGCAGCACAAGAAUCGAAAAAGCAAAUACAGAGAGGCAGCGAAGAGUCGUCUCCUGGGAGCUCUGCCGCCGCCGCCUCUCGGCUCAGCUUCCUGAGAAGGGACCUGGCAGUGAAUUUAAACAACCUGUUCAAGCUGGGCCAGGAGGGUAAAUACAGGGUGUACCAGAACCAGUACAGCACCAACGCCUUGGCGCUCAACAAACAUCAGCACCGGGAGGACUACGACAAGAAGCGCCACCUCUCGCACAAGUUCAGCCUGACCGCCAUGUCGGAGUUCAAGUGGAACGGCUCGAUCCACGGCUCGCGAAGCCUGACGGUGUCCACGCUCCGCCUGACCAUAAUCCAGCUGGAGACCAACGUCCCCGGACCCUUUAUGCACCCCAACUGGGCGUCACACAGGACCAACUGGAACAAAGCGGUGCAGAUGUGCAGCAAGGCCAGGGAGUUUGCUUUGGCCUUGGCUAUCCUGGAGUGUGCCAUUAAACCAGUGGUCAUGCUGCCUGUAUGGAAGGAUUCUCUGGGCCACACAAGGAUGCAUCGGAUGACCUCCAUGGAGCGAGAUGAGAAGGAGAAGGUGAAAAAGCGAGAGAAGAAACUUGAAGAUGAAGAGACUUUGCAGCAGGCCACCUGGGUGAAAUACACCAUCCCCAUCAAACACCAGGUGUGGAAGCAGAAAGGGGAAGAGUACAGAGUAACAGGAUAUGGAGGCUGGAUCUGGGUCAGUAAGACGCACGUGCCGCGUUUUGUCCCCAAGCUGCCAGGGAACACCAACGUAAACUACCGCAUAGAGCUAGAAGCUAAAUUGAAGAAAGAAAAGGCAGCGCCCUCCGUUAAGACGGAGGAUUUGAAAGAAAGCGAGAAGCGGGUCGCUCAGAGCGCGGAGGACAAGGAGCAGGCGCCCAACUCUGCAUCUCCUCAGGCUCCUCCUUCAGCCAAUGACGGCAAACCUCACGGGAACAACCAGGAGGAAACAUCGGUAAAAGACGAGCAAAUAAAACCUGCCGAUGAAGAGAGAGAGCGUGAAGAUGUGGGUGUCGACCCGAGCCGAGGUGCUUCAGACGAGAAAGCUGAAAGCAGCUGCCCGGCUGCGGCACAUCCCGCGGGAAAAGAGCCCAAAAGCGAGGAGGUCCCAGCGAGAAUCUUCUACGACGUGGUGAACGUCAGCGAGGGUUUCCAGCUGCGCACGGCGUACAAGAAGAAGGUGAAGCCGUCCAAGCUGGACGGGCUGCUGGAGCGCCGGGUCAAACAGUUCACCCUGGAGGAGAAGCAGAGACUCGAGCGGAUGAAGCAGGCCGCCCUCCUGUCCAAGCUGACAGCCGCCAGACCCGCCGCCGCGGUCAAGGCCGAGGCAACGGCCAACGGCAGACAGACGGCCGCCUCGGCCCCGAGCGUCAAAACGGAAGAGAAGGCGGAAAACCUACGAGCGCAAGACCCCGUGGUGAAAAAGCUCGACUUCGACGAGGAGGGCGGGACAAAGCCCGACAGCGUGGGAAUCAAAGCGGAGGCCGCCGCGUCCAGCCAGAGCGACGCGGCGGGGGCGAACGCUCUACGCGGGGACAGGGGGGACGACUGUUCUCACAGGGGGGUGAACGGAGAGCCCCAACUCAGCAGUAGAAACAACCGUCUGCCGGAGACCAUGGGAAACGGGGACCAAACGCAGCGGGCGGAGGAGAACCCCAAGAAACGUGGCUACGACGAGAUGGACGGAAGCGGCGGGCAGACGGACCCGGGGGCCGCCGACGCCGCCCAAGGCAACGGCGCUCUCUCGCAGGUAAACGGUGGAACCGUGUCUGCGGACGAUCCCGAGAAAGAGCCCGUCAAGUCUUUGAUGAACGGGAACCUCUCCCGAAACGAUCUGUCGGCCGUGGCGCACCAGCCGCCCCUGAAGGUCCCAAAAUUAGAGAACCACGUGGAAGACAAGGCGGGACCCCUGAACCGGAGCGACUAUUCGAGCGUAAAGAGCGAGGGAGCGCUCCCUGUAAAGCUGGAGCCGUCCAGCACCGCCUGUCUCAAGGGUCAUAUUGCAGACAAUUGCACCCCUAACGAGGACGUCAAGACAUCCGUCCCUAAAAUCUCCUUCAGGGAGCCUCAGAACGCUUCCAUGCACGACGCAGCCAACACUAUCAAUAAGACCCAUCCGACCCCUCAAGCAGAGAGCGGUCCCGUUCCCGCCGCCGCCGUUCAGCCCGCCUUCGCAGCGGCUGGCUCCCUGAGGAGAAAACCCGGCGACGCCAAAGCGAUCGCCCCUGCGUCGGCCAGCUCCAUGACCAUCAGCAAGGAGUACUCCACCAGAGACCGGGUCAGCCUCCUGCGGUUCUUCAAAUCCAAGAAGGCCCGCUCGGGCACAGCGCUGCCGUCCUACCGCAAAUUCGUGACCAAGAGCAGCAAGAAGAGCAUUUUUGUGCUGCCAAACGACGACCUGAAGAGGCUGGGGAGGAAGGCGGGGAUCAAGGAGGUGCCCAUCUUCAGCUACAACGCCAAGCCCGCUCCGGACAUAUGGCCCUACCCUUCUCCUCGGCCCACCUUUGGGAUCUCAUGGAGAUAUCGCCUUCAGACUGUGAGGUCGCUGGCAGGCGUCAGCUUGAUGCUUAGGCUGCUGUGGGCCUGCCUCAGGUGGGACGACAUGGCUGUGAAGCCUUCCGCCGCUGUAGGAACGACUCGGAAAGAAACUACAGACACCGACAUAAUCACAACGGAGAUCAUUAGACGGAGAGAUGUCGGGCCCCAUGGCAUCCGCUCUGAAUACUGCAUCAGGAAGAUCAUCUGCCCCAUCGGAAACAGGGACACUCCCAAAGAAACUCCCACUCCUCAAAGGAAAGGUCUGCGCUCCAGCGCCUUGAGGCCCAAAAAGCAGGAACCGGCCAAACAGACGGGGCCUGUCGCCGUGGAGACUUGGGUCCCCGAAGAGGAGCUGGAGCUCUGGGAGAUAAAAGCCUUUGCUGAGAGACUGGAAAGGGAGAAGUCGCAAGGUUUGGAUCCGUCCAAAGCCAGCUGCACACUGAAGACCGCCGAGGAAGUGAAGGCCCAUUUGGAGAACCAGCUGAAGCAGGCCAGACUGGCAGCCCAGCAGAAACGUCUCGAGCAGCAAAAACUGAGCACGACCGCGACUACUGCCACAACCAUCACCACCACCACCACCGCAGUCAGCGCUCCCAGUACGCCGGCCUCCGGCGGCCAGAGGGCGGGUCAGAUAACAUCUGGAGCCAAGAUGGUCCUGGCCUCCAAGCUAGGCUCCCCGGUUCCCUUCCAGCAAGACAAGAACUUCCACCAGUCCUUCGCCUCCUGGGUGAAGCAGGGCCAGAACAACAGCAGCUCAGCGUCCUCGGCGGCCACCGUGGCCGGCGGCCUCACCAACUCAGAGCAAACCUUCCAGAUGGCCGGCAGCCCGGUGACCGUGGCCGGCCACGUCCUCGCCGCCAAGCUACCGCUGCCCGCUAACAGCAAGAUUGUCACGCUCAAUGUGCCUUCCACUCAAGGAGGUGUGGUCCAACAGAAGGUUCUGGGCAUUUUCCCCUCUGGGCCUCCCGCCAACCUUAGGACAUACAGCACGCUGCACCCUACAACCGGGAAUAUCAACCUCAGAGCUGCGACCUCCGCCUCAGGCACCCAGCAAAAGGCCGCCGCGACAGUCGGCCAGACUCAGCCCGGCACAGCAGGGAACCUGAUAACCUCCCCGUCCGUCUCUGUGGGCUCGACAAUGGCCCCAAAUUCAGGAGUGGUUAAGCAAGGUCAGUCUCAACAGGCUGCAGUCCAGAUGGGUCAGACUCAGGCUGCGGUCACAUCCGCCCCCGGUGCCACUCCGGCUCCAAAAGCUGCAGGGCUGGCGUCCUCUUCUGGUGCCGGCACCACGACUCCUGGUCAGCCCUCUGUUGCAUCCUCGCAGCCCCAGAGACCGCAGCAGGGCCAAGUGAAGCUCACCAUGGCUCAGCUCAUGCAGCUGACACAGAGCGCACAGGGGGGGAACCCGGGUCUGACGGUGGUGAUCCAGGGUCAAGGCCAGACCCAGGGACAGCUUCAGAUCAUCCCACAGGGUGUUACGGUCAUCCCCGGGCCCGGUCAGCAGCUAAUGCAGGCCGCCAUGCCCAGUGGACAGGUCCAGCGCUUCCUCUUCACUCCCAUGCCCCCGUCGUCAACCGCCUCAACUUCCGCCCCGGUAAACGCCGCGCCUACAAAGCCGGCCACCACUCCGAGCCCCCCGGCCCAGCUGGCCGCUCCCCCUCAGCCGCGCCCCGGCGCCGCCCAGGUCCAGACGACUCCGUCAGCCUUAGCUCAGACACAGAUGGCCGCGCCUCUUCCCGCGCCGCUACACGUCGCCGCCCCCUCGCCGCAGCAGCCGAGCUGUGCUCCCGGCCCGGCUCCUGUUCCCGCUCACACCCAAGUCACGUCCCCCAUCGCCGCUGCACAACUGGCCGCGUCGGCUCGGCCUCCUCCCCAGGCGCACGUCUCGCCGUCUCCAUCCAUCCCCGCGCAGAUGCAUACGUCUUCUCCUGUGCCUUCUUCCACACAGCUGUUGACCUCCACGCCACCGCCGGCUGUUUCGCAGCCCCAAGCGGCGCAAAACAUAAGCCCGAGUGGGAGUUAUGUCCAAGGCCCGCCCUCCACCCCCGCACAGCUCCAGGCCGUCCCCCAACCCCCCGUCUCCGCCCUCACAGCGGCUUCGCCUCCUGCACAAGCCCAUAACACGAGCUCCCCUCCCGCGCCGGGGCACGCCGCCCUGCAGACCCACGCCGGGUCCGUCUGCGCCGCCCCGGGCUUCACCUCCCCCCCGCUCCAGACGCUGGCCUCCGCUCCUGCGCCCGCCGCGUCAGCCAGACCAGCGGCCCAGCUCUCCGCACAGAUCCCCGUCUGCGCCUCGCUGCCCUCGCCCGUCCAGAUCCCGACGCCAGCCCUCGCCCCCGUCUCCGCCCCGCUCAUAGCCGUCGUGUCCACCCACGUUUCCAUCCCCUCCCCGGCCAAAGCUCCGACCCAAAUCCAGGCGCCGCCCUUUGUGCCCCUCCACGCGGCCAUGGCCAACGCGGUGGUCACGCCGGUCACAGCCACCUCUACCAUACCUUCAGUGCCGGCUCUGAUAGAACCGAGGGCAGCUCAGCCCAAAAACUGGACGCCCUCGUCUCCUCAGGGUCCGGUUCGGAGCGUUCAGCAGGCAGCCACGCCGGUGACGCCGCCCGCCGCGGCGUCUGCGCCCGCCUCCGCUCCCGCGCCCAUCUCCAUCCACUCCGCCAUCGCCCCGUCGCCCCAGACGUCUCAGACUCCACAUUCCCAGGUGCUGGUCCAGCAUCCCGCCGUCGUAUCAAUGCAGCAGGUGUCCCACGUGGCGGCGUCGGCCGUGCAGGUCGCCAUGAAGGGAUUGCCUGUCCCCUCCGUGGUUUCCACCGUGAGACCCGCGCAGCCCCAGACCUGCGGACAGGUCCAGCAGAUGCCGCACAUCCAGCCUCAAGGCCACCCCCAGGUGCAAGCGCAAAUUCAGCCUCAGAUCAGAGUUCAGUUUCAGCCGCAGGCACAAAUACAGCCGCCAACGCAACAAUCACCUCAACCCCAAGUGCAACCCCUCACUCAGGUCCAGUCCCCUACGCAGCUCCAGGCCAGGGUCCAGCCUCAGUACCACCCCCAGGUUCAAGCUUCCUUCCAAACCCAAACUCCGCCUACGCAACAGCCUCUGAUUCAGCCACAGCCUCAGGCCCAAGCUCCGCUUCAGCCGCAGCCUCCGAUCCAAAGCCCACUCUAUCCCCAGGUUCAGAUCCAGCAGCAAAACCAGAUCCACGCUCAGACCGCGCAGAAACCCGCCGUCCACGUUCAGUCCGGCAUCCAAACCCAAGUGCAAACGCAGCCCCCCUUUUCGAUCCAGUCACCGCAGCAAAGCCAAGUCCCUCAGCCGCUGCAGGUCCAGCCCCAUGGCCAGGUCCAGGCAAAGCUCCAAGUGCAGUUCCAGCCUCAGAGCCAGCCUCAAGUUCAAGCACAGCCCCAGCUCCAGGUCCAGUCCCCGAUCAGACAUCAGCUCAUCACCGUUUCAGGCCUCCAGCAACCAGUGCAGCUCCUCUCUGCCCUGCCGCCUCAUGUCGCCGCCCAGAUCCAGGCGCAGAUCCAGGCGCAGGCCCAGCAGCAGGGCGGCACCGUCCCCCAGCAGAUCAAGCUGCAGCUGCCCAUCCAGAUCCAGCAAGCAGGGGGCCAGAUCCAGGCCCACCAGAUCCAGAACAUGGUGACCAUCCAGGCACCAGCAAGUCUUCAGGAGCAGCUUCAGAGAAUGCAGCAGCAGCAGCAGCAGCUACAACAACAACCUCCUCCACCACCAAAGAAGAAGAAACUUAACGAGCCUAAAAGGGAAUCCAAAGAGCAGAAUCUGCAGGUCAUUAGUCCUAAGGACGGCAUUCAGAAACAGGUGGCAAUAAAGCAAAAUUCUUCAGCAGAACAACUAAAACAGAGGAAGUCUCUGGCUGCAGCAGAGCGGGAGGAGAACCAGAGGAUGAUCGUGUGCAAUCAGGUGAUGAAGUUCAUCCUGGACAAGAUCGAGAAGGAUGAGAAGCAGGCGGCCAAGAAGAGGAAGAAGGAGGAAGUGGUGGAGCAGAAACGCUCCAAGCAGAACGCCACCAAGCUGACGGCACUGCUGUACAAACACAAGGAGCAGCUGAAGGCGGAAAUCCUGAAAAAGAGGGCACUGUUGGACAAGGAGCUGCAGCUGCAAGUACAGGAGGAGCUGAGGCGGGAUUUAGCCAGGCUGCAGAGGGAAAAGGAGAAAGCCCGCACCGCCAUCACUCAGGCCGCCGCGGCAACGGUCAAGGCCGCCGCCCACUCCUCGCACCUCACUCACUCCUCGCACUCCUCGCACAGCUCCCACUCGUCCACGUCCUCGUCCCAUAAGCGGAAGAGGGAAGACGAGAGGGACAAAGAGAGGAGCAGAGACCGGGACAAGCAUCACGAGAAGAACAAGAAACGGGACAGGGAGAAGGAGCGAGACCGGGACCGACACAGAGACAGAGAAAAAGAGCGGGAGCGGGAGAAGGAGCGAGAGCGGGACAGACAUCGGGAUAGGGAGCGGGACAAGGACAAAGAUGCGGACCUGGAUCCGGAACGAGAGUCCGGCUCACUGAAACACAAGAAGAAGAAGAAGAAGCUGUCUUCUACCUCAAAGGAUCAUAAGAAGGACACCAAACUGUACUGUAUCUGCAAAACCCCGUAUGACGAGUCCAAGUUCUACAUCGGCUGCGACCUCUGCUCCAACUGGUUCCACGGGGCCUGCGUGGGAAUCACGGAAAAAGAGGCCAAAAAGCUGGAGGACUUUGUGUGCAGCGACUGUAAACGGGGCCAGCAGGAGGGCCAGAGCAACGAGGAGCUGUACUGCAUAUGUCGGACGCCUUACGACGACACCCAGUUUUAUAUAGGCUGUGACCGCUGCCAGAACUGGUACCACGGGCGCUGCGUGGGCAUCCUGCAGAGCGAAGCCAAUCACAUCGACCUGUACGUGUGUCCGCAGUGUCAGUCGACAGAAGACGCCAUGACGGUCCUCUCGCCGCUCACCGACAGGGACUACGAGGGUCUGAAAAGAAUAUUGCGUUCGUUACAGGCUCACAAAAUGGCAUGGCCUUUCCUUGAACCGGUGGAUCCCCACGAUGCCCCGGACUAUUAUCGCGUGAUCAAGGAGCCGAUGGAUUUUUCCACAAUGGAAACCCGUUUGCAAAAGCGACAUUACCAGAAGCUCACAGAGUUUGUGGCAGACGUGACCAAAAUCUUCGACAACUGCCGCUACUACAACCCCAACGACACACCCUUCUUUCAGUGCGCCGAGGUGCUGGAAGCCUUCUUUGUACAGAAGCUGAAAGGCUUCAAGGCGAGCAGAUUGUCAGAUUCUUAAGUGUGCCAGUCUAGCUGGAGUCUGGACUGGAUGCCGGGCUCUCUGUUGACACUGAAAUAAAACUAGUGUUUCCAAAACAGCAAAAUCUCAAGAAAAACCACCACAGACACACAACCACCAAAUGUGCUCUUUUUUUUCUCCCCCCCUACCUGUUUGUCUCUGAGGAAGAAGUUGCAAUCAUAGUUAAACAGGAAAGAUGCCAAACUGGCAGCCAUGUUGAUAUUAUCAUGUUGUCAUUCAAGAUAUAUUAGGAGCCACUGGCCUUUCUGCUCAAACAAGCUUCCUAGGUAGUGUUUUAAAUGUGUUUUACUAACAGGCUUGUAUUUAUUUCUGUUUAAACAUCUCAGUUGAAUUGUCGAAGGUGUUGACUAAAGUAUAGAGGUGCAUAUUUUAUUAUAAAGGUAUAUUUAUGGAACAUUUUUCUAUGUUACUUCACCUUUAGUUUGACUUCAUCUGGAUGUUCUCUGCGUUUUACAAUGUAUAGUGGUUGCGAGCUGUGUCUGAAUGUAUGUGAGCCUUUUAAUAAAAAGAAAAAAAAACGUCAUUUGAGAUUAGUCUAAAAUGAUCUGAAGAGUCAGAUUGUGUGGCUUCCUCUUCCCUAAAUCGCACGGCAACCUCCAUUUUUUGAGUUGUGAAAGAUUUUGUGGCUACUAAUAAAAGGCAUUCCCGGGGCGGUUACGCCGUAUACCGCUUUGCAUCUUCAGUCUGUUAGAUCAUCUUUGAGGUCGGCAGCAAUAAAGAAACUGAAGAGCUCUCAACUCUUCCCCUCUCUUCACAUCCUUUUAGGUCUCAUAACAACAAGCUUCAGUCUUCUUCAGCCUCUUAAAAAAAAAAAGAAAAAAAAAAAGGCAUCGCACGUUCCGCAGACACAAUGCACUUGCCAGGAAUCUGGCUUUUCUGAACUGUGACACUCAUGACUGGGGUCGGCCAGCACCGCCGCUUUCACAGGAACCCCCCCCAAAAUCCGUUUCGGCGCUAAGGGGCCACCUCCAGGGACCUCUCCUCACACGCUGGCCGGCGCAGAGAGGCGAGAACCACUGAGGCAUUUCAGAUGGAAGUUUACCUCGGAGAAAACUCUUACGGAGCUCUCAUAUUUCCAUGUACUUUUUUUUUUUUUCUUUUUU